CGGAAAUAAAGCGUGCAGCUCCCCGAAAAAGCUUUCCAGCACCGCGGUCCUGAAUCCAGAUCCUGCUCGCCAUUGCCGCCUUUCUGUCCACCGGGUCAGACCAAGGAGCUGAUGAACCGCCUUCUCUCCAUCACUGCGUCUCUUCACCACCAUUUUGUUGAAGUUUUCAGUCGUACCGCUAGCGCGUGAGUGAGUGCAGGCUGCCUCUAUCGACCCCCGGCUUUGAGCGCAGGCGCUUGCAGGCUUUUUGUUUGCUCCGUGACAGGGCACGUCCACGCUGUUGCCCUCGUUUGGAGCGAUCUCCCGAGAGCCGCCGAGUCGGGCGCAGCCUUUUCUCGCGUUCUAAUCUUAAGAUUCUCACAUAGGCGGCAUCAUUACCCGAUUUUCCAGGAUCAGGGGGAAGACAGGAGAAACCGUCUGUCUGUGGAGGAGAGAAAAAAAUGAUCAAUCCUAACACAAGGAGCUAAACGAAGUUAGCCCUCACCGGCUGCGUCUCCAUUGUUCCGAGUCCCUUCACCAUCCGAGUCCCGGCUCGCUUUUUAAACCCGUCAUCACUUAAAACCCGUGUUUUUUCCCCACCAGUGUCCAACUCGUUAAUUAUCGAUAUUAAAAAUGUGCUCUCGGGUGUGGUUUGUAACCGACCGGCGCAUUAGCCAGGAGUAUCCUCAAGUUCAGAUCCUGCGGGCUCUGAAGGAGAGAUGCGUCGAAGACGACGUUGAAUUCCGCUAUCUGUUGAUGGAUGAGAUCGUUAUAACCAUCACGGACUCACAGCUCGGUCUACGCGUGGGGCAGGAGGUUGUGACCUCGUACCCACAGGUGGCUGUGGUGCGGGUUCCUACUCCAUGGGUGCAGUCGGACAGUGACAUCACCGUUCUGCGGCAUCUGGAGAAGAUGGGUUGCCGUCUGGUCAACCGGCCCCAGGCCAUCCUCAACUGUGUCAACAAGUUCUGGACCUUCCAGGAGCUUGCUGGACACGGGGUCCCAUUGCCCGAUACUUACUCUUAUGGUGGCCAUGACAACUUUCGUAAAAUGAUCGAUGAGGCCGAGCCAUUAGGUUUCCCGGUUGUGGUGAAAAAUGCCCGUGGACACAGAGGUAAGGCAGUGUUUCUGGCACGGGAUAAGCAUCACCUCUCUGACUUGUGCCACCUAAUCCGGCAUGAGGCUCCGUACCUAUUCCAGGAGUAUGUGAAGGAGAGCCACGGGCGAGACGUGCGCGUGGUGCUCGUGGGCGGCAGAGUGAUCGGCUCUAUGCUGCGCUGUUCGACAGAUGGACGCAUGCAGAGCAACUGCUCGCUCGGUGGUGUGGGUGUGAUGUGCCCCCUGAGCGAGCAGGGUAAGCAACUAGCCGUGCAGGUGUCCAACAUCCUUGGCAUGGACGUGUGUGGUAUCGACCUGCUGCAGUUGAACGACGGGUCAUUCGUGGUUUGUGAGGCCAACGCCAACGUAGGUUUUAUCGCAUUCGACCAGGCCUGUGGGAUCGACGUGGCGGGUAUCGUGGCAGACUAUGCUCUGUCGCUGCUGCCCGGCCGUCUUAUCCGCAAAAUGUCCCUGCUCUCGGUGGUGUCGAGCGCCAGCGAGACCAGCAGCGAGCCUGAAGUGUGUAUCCCCUCUGAGGCGUGCCCACCAGUCCCUCCCUGUGCCAUCCCUGACGGCGUCAGCACCAUGAGCACCAGCUCUACUUCGAGUGAGAGUGAGACGGAGCUUGUUGAGAUAAACCACGCCCCGAGUGUGCCCGAUCCCUCAUACAACAUCAACUCCCUCCUCGUAAAGGAGAUUAAACUAUUGACUGAGUGAGCUGAAGAGAAAACGGCAACCACAUGCACAUACACCCUGACACACACACACACACACACACACACACACACACACACACACACACAUGCAUACAUAUACAGUAAGUAAUCAUACAGUGGUCAAAUUUACACGCACACACACACUUGUGUUUUUGUACUAACCCUUCCUGUAAACCCUGAUGCUGAUCUGAGGCUGCUCCCCUGACAGUGGCUGCAAAAACGCAGUACACACUUUGACCAAGCCUUGGUGCAAGCAAUCAAACAGUGAGUGAGCGUGUUCCCAGUAUUUCAGGGUACGUUGUACUGGAGAGUGGUUUUAGAAUGGAAAAGAUUUGAGAACACACACACAAACCCUCCUUCCCAAAGUAUAGCGAGAGCCCAACACUAUUGCAAGGCUUAUCGAGCAUGCAGUGCAGCGUGAUUUACCAAUCGAACAUGAAGGAAGAUAUCUCAAAUCCGUUUGUCUAUGUGCGUGCCAUUCUGUCGCGUUCGAACCCUCCCAAACACAUAGACAUUCACACAUCAGCAUGAACACAUGUAAAGAAAGACUGGAAAAGCUGUACAUAUUCUUUUCCCAUUACAGUGGACUGGUACACAGUUGUACAGUUGUAACGAUGCAUUCCCCAUGUUUUUAGCUUCAGUGCUUCUCUGCAUUUUAAUUAAAAGGUCUUGUCAGGCACGCACACAUCCGUUCUGCUAGUUGAGACGUUGCUCUUAAUUACCGACCUGAAAUAAGUCUUAAGUUUUUCUAUUUUAGCUGUUCGACUUAGAUGAUGUGUAGAAAUUGGAGCACUCGGAUGCGACCAAUUAUUUUGGAGGUUCGUUUAUUUUUGAACUCCUUUAGGACUUUGUACUCCUUUGUCUUCUUACAGUAUGCAGAAUGCAAAGUAGAUUACAGAAGAUUGAAAAAUUGAAAUCGAAAAUGCCACUUUUAAGAAGAGAAAUCCCCCAUGUUUUUAUGCAAAAUUGUUGUAACCACUCUGAUCCAGUCAGGGAGCGGCUGCAUUGAGUGAGAGAUGGAACAUGCUUAAAUGCUCCACCAAUUCACUCACUCGUCUAGUCGAUACCUGUAGAGACCUGCAUGCACAGUGUGUGCCACACCCAUGUUUACUUCACCCCUCCUGACCAUCUGAGCAGUGAGCUACAUAGAACAAGUAUUAUGUAUGACGAAUGCUUAUUAGGCUUAUGCUAACUGUUACCGUAUGUCCAUAUGCCUUUUUUUUUGUUUUUUUCUUUUGUUGCCAACACUAAAAUCUUAAAAGCUGUUUGAAAUUUAUUUGUACAUCAACAAUAAAAUGAACUAUCAACUCAAA